AUGCACCAGCUGGACCAGGGCGAGCGGCUCCGCAGCUUCGUUUACGACGCUAUCGAGUCACCCCACGCGACAGUAGCCAGUAUCACGAUCUAUCCUGAUGACUAUCCUCCCCCUCUUCGACCGGUUGUCGACGACUUUCGUCGAGCAGUGCAGGCCUUCUUGCAAGACCUACAAGGGAUUGCAGCCGCCACUGGGCGGGCAGAUGAAAGAUCAGCCGGGGGUCUUGAGAACCGCACGGUUAGUGCCGCUUGCGGACUCGACCUCUCAGCGAAAGCGAGCGCGCAGGCACAAGCUGUUGGGUCAGAAACUCACACUGCCGAGGUGAUAGAGUCAGAGAACGAUGUUGCCCAGGAAGCAGUCCAUGGCCAUGGCACCGAGCCCGAGACCGCCUCCACAACGACUUCUCCUUCCGUCGACUCAGCGCGUACGCCAGCGCUCCUGUCACCGGCCUUGCUUGCAGAAGUACAACCAAAAACAAAGGCGUCAACUGAAAAGAUCGAGUCCGACAUGGAAGAGAAUGUUCUCCGGCUCUUCCCGACCAAGGCACAGUACCACGACUUCGCUUCGCUCCUUGCUUGUGCGAAAGAGCUUGGGGCAGAAAAGGUUGGCGUGUUCAAGGUGGUGCUACCCGAAGACAUGCCACAAGACUUUGACGUGGUAGACAGUGACGACUGUCCUGUCUCCGUCUUCGCCGCCACGAAGAAGACAGAAGGAGUCUUCCAGCUCAGUCGACAGCCUCAACGAGCCUCGCUGCGCAUGGUGCCAGAUCCUGCAGAAACCAGGACCGCGCAGGCGCUGGAACAGUUCGAAGCUGCCCUGGAGAAAGAGUCGGGCCUCGACGGAGUCGUGUAUUGUACCGACUAUGAUGCAAAGACGCCCCCAGAUCGGCACGACCUAGGUCUCCCCGAGCAGUCUCCAAUCUGGCGACUCCCAAGCAACGAGCUGGACAGGACGGCGAAGUACGUGCCCGGUCUGCAUCACCCCUUUGGCUACAAGUCUGACGCCCAUUUCGGAGCGCCGUUCGCUUUGCACAAGGAGGACUGCGACCUGGUCUCGCUGAACGUGCUCUACUACGGGUGCAAGGUGUGGACGGUCGUGGCUCCUCGUCAUGCGUCACUUGUCGAGCAGGAGCACAAGUCGAUCUGGAAACACAGACAUACUUGCGCACAAAGUCUGCGCCAUUGUUCUACGUGGGUGCUCCCUCGGACGCUGGCAGAAUGGGGAGCCAGCGCAGUCACGCUGCGACAACAUUCCAACGAGGUGGUGGUGGUCUUGCCGGGAGCUUACCACCAAGGCUUCUGUGUCGGCUCGACUCUGGGAGAGGCGGUCAACUACGCUCCCGCAGGCUAG